AAGGGAAAAAUAAAAUAAAAAGGUGAAAAAAGUUUCCGGCGACGAAAGUUUCUACAUUUGAACGAGCACGUAUGAUGAUGAUAGAUUAGAGAUCUGCGAAUCCCAUCGUCGUCGUGGGAUUAGGGUUUCGCAUCCUCCUUCGAUCUCAUCGAAUCACCUUACCUCCGAUUCAGUUCGCGCGCGCGCGCGUGUGUGUGUGUGUGUGUUCGAUCGAGCUGGAUCCUCUCUAAUCUAUGUUGGAUUUGAUUAUUUCAUUUCGUGAUCGUUGCUUCUCUCUCUCGCGCACCCUUGAUUCAGUGGAUGGUUCUCACUUUCCUUGAAUUGUAACUUUGUUUGAGUUGACUUUUGAUUUGAUUGCGUAUCGUUGAAUUUGGGGUUUUGAUGGAUUUGGAGAGUGAAAGCUCUGCGCUUGAGUCUAUUGGUGAUAAUGGUUUGAUCCAACAAGCUUCCAUCAACACUGCUGCUGCUGCUGCUGAUGAUGAUGAUAAUGGUAGGAGUUUGGAUCAGGGGUCCUUCUCUGACGACAGUGUGAAGCUUGUUUCGACGAGAAGUGGUGAAAACGAAUCAUCUGGUAAAGCGUUGAACUUUGAUUCGGUAGGUGGUGGUUCUCACUCUCCGGUUCUUUCAAAAGGGCGUGGUUUGAGGAAAUGGAGGCGGAUCAGGAGAGACCUUGUGAAAGACACGUCUGGUGAUAUGGAGAAUAGUAAAGUUCUGAAGAGAGGCUUGUCUGGUUCUGCUGCUCAUUCGCACGGUAAUAAGCAGAUGCUGUUUCAGUCACCGGAGUUUGAGCAAGAGAGUCAGGGAUCUGUUGGGUCUGUGAAUAUGUUGAAAAGUGGCGGUUUUGAUGAUGCUAGGUUUAUGGCAGGGAUUGGUUUUUCAGCUGGUGUUGUUGGUUUAGGAAAGGAUGAUGAUCGGAGUAGUAAGUCUUCUACACCAAUGAUUAUUAGUUCAGGUGGUCAGAGAGGGAAAGAUCGGGUAGAGAAUAGUAAGAAGCAUAGAGGAGAAAGUGUCGAGAAGGAGAACUCUCAUUCCAGCUUGGAAUCUGAUUCAAGAAAGCCGAGUGGAAGCAUGAUGAUGAACCACAAGGGAAUGAUUGGUGAUGAAGCUGAUAUGAAUGGAGAAACUUCAAAGAGAAAUGACGAUGCUGAAGGAGAAGGAGAAGGAGAAGAGUCAAUAAACAAUAACAAUGGUUUUUCGGAGGAACAAGAUCCGUUAACAGAGGCUAUUGAUGGUUUCCUCACCUUGCAAGAAGCUCUUGAAAAAGAGGUUCAGCAAUACCGGGAGAUCGGGAAGGAAACGAUGGCACAGCAUCAUGAGGGAGCUAGUGAGAUAAGCUCACCUGGCUCAGAGAUUGUAGCCUUGGUGAACACUGUUGGACAGCUGGAGAUCAAGCUAGAAGAAACAAGGUCCAUGCUUGAGGUGAAAGAAUCACACAUUCGUGAGCUUGAAUCCACCACGAACCAAAACAAACGCUCGUGUGGAGAAUCAGGAAACGUUUCAGAGACGGUGGUCGAAGAUAUCUUCCGGCAAAAGAUUGAAGCCGAGAUUGAAUAUCUGAUAUAUUCAAGAUCUGUUGAUAACUUGAAUCAUCAGAUGAAGCUGGUUGAAACACAAGAGUCAUUGGCAGAGGAGCAAGCUUAUGAGACACUGAACAGCUUGGACAAAGUUCAAACGAAGGCUGCGAGUUUAAGAAACAGAGCUCAAGACCUGCAAAACGAGUGCGUAGAAACCACAGGAAGCAUCAAGAAGAGAGCAUGUAAGAUUACUUCAUGCUUUCUUAUACAAUUAGUAUUACUGCUAAUGGUAGUUAUGGUGUUCAUGUCUCAAUUGGUGCCGGAGUCUUCUGAUAUCGUUGUUGUACCCACCUGACCUUUUUUGGGUUUUUUUGGUAGGAAACUGAGUUCUUUAUUUUCUUGGCUUUUUGCAUGUCGUGUUAGCGUUUCAGCUAUAGAGUUUUGGCGUCUGGUUAUAGAAUUAAAAGACAUGCUACUUUAUAUUUUGUUGGAAUAAAAUUCUACAGUUGGAUAA